CAAGGACUAGUCAAACGGGGUCCUUAUUUGGGUCCUCAAGUAUUGUAAAUAACAUCAGUUAGCAAACGGAGCUGAAACGAAUUAAAAUUUAACACUGAAUGCGUUUACGUUUAAAUAAAUCAUGGAUGAAACUGAACUAGAGAGGAAAGCAGUGGAGGAGCUCCUUAAAGAAACCAGCAGAGCAAAAGUCCGUGCUGAGACGAUGGGUGCUACUGGAUGGAUGAAAUGUCCACUUGGAAGCACAAACAAGCGCUUUCUUUUGAACACUCUUCGGACCUCUGCUGUGAGGGGUCAGCCUGCGCAUCAGCGCGCUUCGGAGAGGGAUAGAGAUGAACAUAGGUACAAAAGAGCUUGUGAAAAACAUCGCAACACGGACUGUGAAAAGUGCAAUCACAAAAAAGACUAUUCGCACAGAAGACACCACUCCGAUUCUCAUUCACACGCUUCCAAACGCCGCUCUUCCUCACACAAUCAUUCACCAUCCCGAAGAAGACACUCCCCUCACCUCUCCCGGAAGUCAAAAAGGACUCGAUCUCGUUCACCAGUGCGGGACAGUUCCCCAGAUGUCAAAAAAUACACUGACAAAGGGGGGAAAUGACGUAACGCUCUCUUUAUAGCAUCUUUGUUUGCUCUCUACAUGUCCUAUCAAUGCAAUAUUUCCAUUAAGUUGCUGAACAAUAAUAUUAAAAUUGUAUUUAAAAGAACUAAAAGACGGAUUUUAAAUAUUGUAUUGAGAGAGGCUGUGAAUAUCAUUUUUGACUUCUAAGGGUGGUUUUCAGAGCUUAGUAGGUCAUUGUGUAUAUAUUUAUAUAUAUAUAUAUAUAUAUAUAUAUAUAUAUAUAUAUAUAUAUAUAAUAUAUAUAGAUUUAUUUAUUUAUUUUAUAAACAUAAUUUGUGUGUGUGUACAAACAGUAGAUGUGUUUAUCCUUUCUGCAAAUUAAAACUGACCAGCAAUAAAACCAGCAAUAAACAUGA